AAGCCACCUGUGACAUCAAGAUCACUGGUGGAGUGGGAGGCAAGAAGUCAGCGUGAGGCCUUCCACCCCCUUUUACUUACUGAGGCGUAACUAAAAGACCAUUAGCAAGCAUGGUGAAUGUUAUGAAAGGAAUCCUCAUCAAAUGUGACCCUGUGAUGAAGCAGUUUCUCCUGCACCUAGAUGAAACCAUGAAACUUGGCUCAAAGUUUGUCUUAGUGGAUCUUGAUGAAUGCCAUCUCUUUGUUCAACCUGAGGUGUAUAAUAGUCUAAAGAAUCUUAUUGAUGAACAAUACGAAAAAGUGUACUACAAUCAGAAAAGCAGCUUAGAGUAACUUAACAUAAUGGCAUCUCGGGAAUCAGGUCGCCUGAAAGAUGCUUCGUCCAAGCGCAUCCUGGAUGAGAGUGCCAGGAGAAGAAGGGCAAGGAAGGCACUGGAGGCUCUUGAGCAGGACAACUUCCAUGAUGAUCCUCAUGCAAAUUUGGUUAUGAGUAAGAAAGCACCUAAGUUUGAGGAGUCGCUUGAUGGCAAUAAAAACAAAGAUCGCAAGAGAAGGACCAGGAGCUCCGAAUACUUUAAACAGAGGUUCCGUAAAAACUUCACCAUUCUACUCGAGGAAGAGCAAGCACUGUAUCCUGAUGGCCCUAAUUAUCUGACAGUUCAAGCCCCAUCCUCAAAAAUGCCUGAGCGACGUCUGUGUGCAGUUUGUGGUUUCCCAGCACCCUACACAUGUAUCCCAUGUGGUGCAAGAUACUGCUCCACCAAGUGCCUCUCCACACAUGAGGACACACGGUGUUUGAAGUGGACUGCCUAAAGAAUUGCUUCAAUGAAAGCUUGGUGAACAAAGGAAAAGAUAUAUUGAUGCUAAGGGUUUAAAAAUGUAAAUUUAAAUUGGUUACACUU